GCCCACCCCUGCAGGACCUGAGUGGCUCAGCCUGAGGCCCCUACCCGCCAUGCCGCUGCCACCUCAGAGCCCGUGGGCACUUCCAAUGCUGCUGCUGCCACUGCUCCUGGGGGGCACACAGCAAGUGGUAGGCACGCCCAGGCUGGGUGGGGGCACACAGCCCGCCUUCCGCACCUUUCCGGCUAGUGACUGGGGCCUCACUCACCUGGUGGUCCACGAGCAGACGGGCGAGGUGUAUGUGGGCGCAGUGAACCGCAUCUACAAGCUCUCGGGGAACCUGACGCUGCUUCGGGCACAUGUGACAGGCCCUGUGGAGGACAACGAGAAGUGCUACCCGCCCCCCAGCGUGCAGUCGUGCCCGCACGGCCUGGGCAGCACCGACAAUGUCAACAAGCUGCUGCUGCUGGACUAUGCCGCCAACCGCCUGCUGGCCUGCGGCAGUGCCUCCCAGGGCAUCUGCCAGUUCUUGCGGCUCGACGACCUCUUCAAGCUGGGCGAGCCACACCACCGCAAGGAGCACUACCUCUCGAGUGUGCGUGAGGCCGGCAGCAUGGCUGGCGUGCUCAUCGCAGGGCCGCCGGGCCAGGGCCAGGCCAAGCUGUUUGUGGGCACACCCAUCGAUGGCAAGUCCGAGUACUUCCCCACGCUGUCCAGCCGCCGCCUCAUGGCCAACGAGGAGGAUGCUGACAUGUUCGGCUUCGUGUACCAGGAUGAGUUCGUAUCGUCACAGCUCAAGAUCCCAUCCGACACCCUGUCCAAGUUCCCGGCCUUUGAUAUCUACUAUGUGUACAGCUUCCGUAGCGAGCAGUUUGUCUACUACCUCACCCUGCAGCUGGACACACAGCUCACCUCACCCGACGCCGCUGGCGAGCACUUCUUCACCUCCAAGAUCGUGCGGCUGUGCGUGGACGACCCCAAGUUCUACUCGUACGUGGAGUUCCCUAUUGGCUGCGAGCAGGCGGGCGUGGAGUACCGCCUGGUGCAAGAUGCCUACCUGAGCCGGCCUGGCCGUGCCCUGGCCCAGCAGCUGGGGCUGGCAGAGGACGAGGAGGUGCUGUUCACCGUGUUUGCCCAGGGCCAGAAGAACCGCGUGAAGCCACCCAAGGAGUCGGCGCUGUGCCUUUUCACGCUCAGGGCCAUCAAGGAGAAGAUCAAGGAGCGCAUCCAAUCGUGCUACCGCGGCGAGGGCAAGCUCUCGCUGCCCUGGCUGCUCAACAAGGAGCUGGGCUGCAUCAACUCGCCCCUGCAGAUCGAUGAUGACUUCUGCGGGCAGGACUUCAACCAGCCCCUGGGUGGCACGGUCACCAUCGAGGGCACACCCCUGUUCGUGGACAAGGACGAUGGCCUGACCGCCGUGGCCGCCUACGACUACCGUGGCCGCACCGUGGUGUUUGCCGGCACUCGCAGCGGCCGUAUCCGCAAGAUCCUGGUGGACCUCUCCAACCCUGGCGGCCGGCCGGCCCUGGCCUAUGAGAGCGUGGUGGCCCAGGAGGGCAGCCCCAUCUUACGCGACCUCGUCCUCAGCCCCAACCGCCAGUACCUGUAUGCCAUGACAGAGAAGCAGGUGACGCGGGUGCCUGUGGAGAGCUGUGUGCAGUACACAUCCUGUGAGCUGUGCCUGGGGUCCCGGGAUCCCCACUGCGGCUGGUGUGUCCUGCACAGUGUCUGCUCAAGGCAGGAUGCCUGCGAGCGGGCAGAUGAACCCCAGCGCUUCGCCUCAGAUCUGCUGCAGUGUGUGCAGCUGACUGUGCAGCCACGCAACGUGUCCGUCACCAUGUCCCAGGUCCCACUCGUGCUGCAGGCCUGGAACGUGCCUGACCUCUCUGCCGGUGUCAACUGCUCCUUUGAGGACUUCACCGAGUCUGAGAGUGUCCUGGAAGACGGCCGCAUCCACUGUCGCUCACCCUCUGCCCGUGAGGUGGCGCCUAUCACGCGGGGCCAGGGGGACCAGCGGGUGGUGAAGCUGUACCUGAAGUCCAAGGAGACGGGGAAGAAGUUCGCAUCUGUGGACUUUGUUUUCUACAAUUGCAGUGUCCACCAGUCCUGCCUGUCCUGUGUCAACGGCUCCUUCCCUUGUCACUGGUGCAAGUACCGCCAUGUGUGUACGCACAACGCUGCAGAUUGCGCCUUCCUGGAGGGCCGUGUCAACAUGUCUGAGGACUGCCCACAGAUCCUGCCCUCCACCCAGAUCUACAUUCCCGUGGGCGUGGUGAAGCCCAUCACCCUGGCUGCCCGAAACCUGCCACAGCCACAAUCAGGCCAGCGUGGGUACGAGUGCCUAUUCCAUAUCCCAGGCAGCCCAGCACGCGUCACUGCCCUGCGCUUCAACAGCUCCAGCCUGCAGUGCCAGAAUUCUUCGUACUCCUAUGAGGGGAAUGACAUCAGUGACCUGCCCGUGAACUUGUCCGUUGUGUGGAACGGCAACUUUGUCAUCGACAACCCUCAGAACAUCCAGGCUCACCUCUACAAGUGCCCAGCCCUUCGUGAGAGCUGUGGCCUCUGCCUCAAGGCCGACCCACGCUUCGAGUGUGGCUGGUGUGUGGCUGAGCGCCGCUGCUCCCUGCGCCACCACUGCCCAGCCGAUGUGCCCACCGCCUGGAUGCAUGCUCGCCACGGCAGUAGCCGCUGCACUGACCCUAAGAUCCUCAAGCUGUCCCCAGAGACUGGCCCGAGACAGGGAGGAACACGGCUGACCAUCACAGGAGAGAACCUGGGCCUGCGGUUUGAGGACGUGCGGCUGGGUGUGCGCGUGGGCAAGGUGCUGUGCAGCCCCGUGGAGAGCGAGUAUAUCAGCGCUGAGCAGAUCGUCUGUGAGAUAGGGGAUGCCAGCACAGUGCGGUCCCAUGAUGCCCUGGUGGAAGUGUGUGUGCGGGACUGCUCUCCGCACUACCGGGCCUUGUCACCCAAGCGCUUCACCUUCGUGACACCCACCUUCUACCGUGUGAGCCCCUCCCGAGGGCCCCUGUCAGGGGGCACCUGGAUUGGCAUAGAGGGCAGCCACCUGAACGCAGGCAGUGACGUGGCCGUGUCCAUCGGCGGCCGACCCUGCUCCUUCUCCUGGAGAAACUCUCGAGAGAUCCGCUGCCUGACACCCCCUGGGCAGAACCCGGGCAGCGCCCCCAUUAUCAUCAACAUCAACCGUGCCCAGCUCACCAACCCUGAGGUGAAGUACAACUACACCGAGGACCCUACCAUCCUGCGCAUCGACCCCGAGUGGAGCAUCAACAGUGGUGGGACCCUCCUGACUGUCAUAGGUACCAAUCUGGCCACCGUCCGUGAACCUCGAAUCCGAGCCAAGUAUGGAGGUGUAGAGCGGGAGAAUAGCUGCAUGGUAUACAAUGACACCACUAUGGUGUGCCGAGCACCGUCUGUGGACAACCCGACACGCACCCCACCUGAGCUGGGCGAGCGGCCGGAUGAACUGGGCUUCGUCAUGGACAAUGUGCGUGCCCUGCUGGUGCUCAACUCCUCCUCCUUCCUCUACUACCCUGACCCUGUGCUGGAACCCCUGAGCCCCACUGGCCUGCUGGAGCUCAAGCCCAGCUCCCCACUCAUCCUCAAGGGCCGGAACCUCUUGCCCCCUGCACCUGGCAAUUCCCGUCUCAACUACACAGUGCUCAUUGGCUCCACGCCCUGCAUCCUCACUGUGUCAGAAACACAGCUGCUGUGCGAGUCACCCAAUCUCACCGGACAGCACAAGGUCACGGUGCGAGCUGGUGGCUUCGAGUUUUCGCCAGGCACGUUGCAGGUGUACUCGGACAGCUUGCUGACACUGCCUGCCAUCGUGGGCAUUGGAGGUGGCGGGGGCCUGCUGCUGCUCGUCAUCGUGGCCGUGCUCAUCGCCUACAAGCGCAAGUCUCGUGAUGCCGACCGCACCCUCAAGCGGCUACAGCUCCAAAUGGACAACCUGGAGUCCCGCGUGGCCCUGGAGUGCAAGGAAGCCUUCGCAGAGCUGCAGACGGACAUCCACGAGCUGACCAAUGACCUGGACGGCGCUGGUAUCCCGUUCCUUGACUAUCGCACGUACGCCAUGCGGGUACUCUUUCCUGGGAUUGAGGACCACCCCGUGCUCAAGGAGAUGGAGGUACAGGCCAAUGUGGAGAAGUCACUAACGCUGUUUGGGCAGCUGCUGACCAAGAAGCACUUCCUGCUGACCUUCAUCCGUACGUUAGAGGCCCAGCGCAGCUUCUCCAUGCGCGACCGUGGCAACGUGGCAUCGCUCAUCAUGACGGCCCUGCAGGGUGAGAUGGAAUAUGCCACAGGCGUGCUCAAACAGCUGCUGUCCGACCUCAUCGAGAAGAACCUGGAGAGCAAGAACCACCCCAAGCUGCUGCUGCGCCGAACUGAGUCGGUGGCCGAGAAGAUGCUGACCAACUGGUUCACAUUCCUCUUAUACAAGUUCCUCAAGGAGUGUGCUGGGGAGCCGCUGUUCAUGCUGUACUGCGCCAUCAAGCAGCAGAUGGAGAAGGGCCCCAUCGACGCCAUCACGGGUGAGGCCCGCUACUCCCUCAGCGAGGACAAGCUCAUCCGGCAGCAGAUCGACUACAAGACCCUGACCCUGAACUGUGUGAUCCCUGAGAACGAGAACGCACCCGAGGUGCCUGUGAAGGGGCUGAACUGCGACACAGUGACGCAGGUCAAGGAGAAGCUGCUGGACGCCGUGUACAAGGGCGUCCCCUACUCCCAGAGGCCCAAGGCUGGGGACAUGGACCUGGAGUGGCGCCAGGGCCGUAUGGCGCGCAUCAUCCUGCAGGACGAAGACGUCACCACUAAGAUCGACAAUGACUGGAAGAGGCUGAACACGUUGGCACACUACCAGGUGACGGACGGGUCCUCAGUGGCACUGGUGCCCAAGCAGACGUCUGCCUACAACAUCUCCAACUCGUCCACCUUCACCAAAUCCCUCAGCAGAUAUGAGAGCAUGCUGCGCACAGCCAGCAGCCCCGACAGCCUGCGCUCACGCACGCCCAUGAUCACGCCCGACCUGGAGAGCGGCACCAAGCUGUGGCACCUGGUGAAGAACCAUGACCACCUGGACCAGCGCGAGGGUGACCGGGGCAGCAAGAUGGUCUCAGAGAUCUACCUGACGCGGCUGCUGGCCACCAAGGGCACAUUGCAGAAGUUCGUGGACGACCUUUUUGAGACCAUCUUCAGCACUGCACACCGGGGCUCAGCCUUGCCGCUGGCCAUCAAGUACAUGUUUGACUUCCUGGAUGAGCAGGCUGACAAGCACCAGAUCCACGAUGCUGACGUGCGCCACACGUGGAAGAGCAACUGCCUGCCCCUGCGCUUCUGGGUGAAUGUGAUCAAGAACCCGCAGUUUGUGUUUGACAUCCACAAGAACAGCAUCACGGAUGCUUGCCUGUCGGUGGUGGCCCAGACCUUCAUGGACUCCUGCUCCACAUCCGAGCACAAGCUGGGCAAGGACUCACCCUCCAACAAGCUGCUCUAUGCCAAGGACAUCCCCAACUACAAAAGCUGGGUGGAGAGGUACUAUGCUGACAUUGCCAAGAUGCCCGCCAUCAGUGAUCAGGACAUGAGCGCGUACCUGGCCGAGCAGUCUCGGCUGCACCUGAGCCAGUUUAACAGCAUGAGCGCCUUGCACGAAAUCUACUCCUACAUCACCAAGUACAAGGACGAGAUCCUGGCUGCCUUGGAGAAGGAUGAGCAGGCCCGGCGGCAGCGGCUGCGGAGCAAACUGGAGCAGGUGGUGGACACGAUGGCCUUGAGCAGCUGAGCCUGGCCACUGACCACCCGGUGGGAGGCAGAGUGUGAGCGCAGCCCUGGCCUGCCAUGCAGGGUGCCCGGGAGGUGCUCAGGGACCAGGCGUGUGGUCCAGCCUCCUCUGGGUCCUCCCCUUCUCUUCCCACCAGCUGGAGUUCUGCCUUCUGUUGGUGAGGAUGCCAUGGUGCCUGCUGGGCCCCCUCUGUGCCCGGAGCUGGGAGAGCAUAGAGUGGCUGGACUGGCCCAGGACCCUUGCUGCAUGGUAGUCGUUGUGGGAGAAUAGGGCAGCCCCCAAGGGGCCAAGGAAUGAAGCCGGGGCCUUUCACAGCAAGGGGCAGCUGGCCCAUCAGUGUCCUCGAGGCUGGGACAGGGAGCCAGGAAGAAGCCCCCAGUUUCCCAAGCCACAAUAUCCGUCGAGGGAGAAGCAAAAUGCCUAGGGCCAUCCGAGAUACGCCAAAGCCCA